AUUUGUUCAAACAAAUAACGCCUCCUAAUAUCGAUAAUCCAAGGUGCAUAAAACGACAAAGUAAAAAAUUUUAAGUUCUCUAGGCGUUAAAGAGCUUAGAUUUUAGGAACUCGCGGAGCCGUUAGGCCAUCAGGUCAUCGUACGGAAUUGUCAGUGAUUUGUAAACCCAAAAGCCUUUUGCAAUCGUCAUAGCGAAAUGAGUGCCGUCGCCAGCAGCGAUCCAGCCCUCAGCGGUAUGUCCCUUGGCCGGAGCCAAACCAUCUGCCGCUAUUACGUGCGCGGAAUCUGUCGCUUCGGGGAGCUCUGCCGCUUCUCCCAUGACCUGACCCGCGGUCGCCCAGAGUGCGAGCAGGAGACGGCCACCGAGGUGCUGCCGAAGCCCAGUACGAGCAGCAGCAACAACGCCAGCGUUUCCAGCCAGCAGAGGAACUGGGUAAACGCACCGGUGUUUGUGCCCAGUCAGAAGCGCAAUCCUGCCCUGGAGGAAAGCGUGGUUGAGACCUCAAUGGGUUCGGAGGUGGAAGAUGGCGCGAGCUAUGCAGUUUUCCAGCCUGGCGUAUCCUGGGCUGAAGUUGUGGGUGGGCCUUCCUCAGUGAAUAACAAAGGGGACAACAGCGGACCCAUGAAUCCCGCUUCGCUUGAUGAGGUCUGUCCGUACGAGAGUCCCUGCGCUUGGGGAGAACUCUGCCCCUAUCGCAUUCACAUGGAGCUGUGCGAAAUGUGCGACCAGUUUUGCCUGCAUCCUACAGAUCAAGCACAGCGUAAAAAGCACAAUCGCGAGUGCCUGCAGCAGCACGAGCAGGCCAUGGAGCUAUCCUUUGCCAUCGCCAGAUCCAAGGACAAGACGUGCGGCAUCUGCUUCGACACGAUCAUGGAAAAGGCGGGGCGUGAAAAGCGUUUCGGCAUCCUGCCCAAUUGCAACCACAUAUUCUGCUUGGAGUGUAUUCGUACAUGGCGUCAGGCCAAACAGUUUGAGCAUAAAAUAACGCGAGCUUGCCCCGAAUGUCGCGUGUGCUCAGACUUUGUCUGCCCCAGUGCGUUUUGGGUAGAGACGAAGGAGGAAAAGGACAAAUUGCUCAAUGACUACCGCUCAGCGUUGGGAGCUAAGGACUGCAAGUACUUCAAAAAGGGCGAGGGCAAGUGUCCGUUUGGAAACAAAUGUUUUUACAAGCACGCCCUGCCCAAUGGAAAUAUUGUCGAUGUGGGACUACCGAAACGAACACGAAAGUUACAGAGCCAAACUGAAAUAAUCGAUUUACUUGAUAUAUAUCUAUGGGACUAUGUAGAUCGACGAGAUUAUCAUUGGCUGGAGAUAUUUUCGACUGAUGUUAGCGAAAGUUCCGAUUUUUCGGAUGAGGAGUAGGCUUCUUGAGCAGAAGGGAUACAAAAAAAAAGGAACAACAGCCCAAAAGUAUACAAAUUUGGAUAUACAGUCCCAGAAAAACGUAAUCAAUAUUCAAACGAUAUAUAUAAAUGAUACUGAACCAAAUAUCGAAUGCGAAAUUAAACAAAAAACUGUAUUUGGGUACCAAAUUUAGGUUACAUAAUAUUUAUUCUCCACUUAAUGCAACGAAAUUCAGCAACUUUUCCGUACUUGUAUUAAAUUAAAUUAUAUUUAAUACCAUUAACAAGUGGUUCAACUUAAACCUAAAGGAACAUUGAUAUAUCAUUAAAUAUGAAUACACAAUUUUAGAGAUAAACAAUUUUCGUAAACAGUACAUUUUGAAAAUAGGUGAUAUAAAAUGUGUAAACUAUGCCUUUCAGACUGAAUUGUAAAGAUAAAAAUACAUACAUUCUUUAAUCGGUUUUCUACUCAUUUUUUGAAGUUUAACGACUACAACUAAGUGAAACGCACAUAGCAAACCACAUAAGCACGCCGAUCUGGAUAAUUGCAUACAUUCAACCUCGAAUGAGUCAGUGUAUCAUAACCGAGCAGAAACUAUUCCCAUUCGUCGAUAAAUGAAAUUUUUGUUAUUGUUAUGAGACUUUAUGUUAGAGUAUUACUGUUGCAUACCUAUAAUUCAGUAUAUUUGUAAUCGUUGGCCACAAGCGUAAUACCCAAACCACUACAUAUUAUAUGUAAAACAUCUAUAUUGUAUAUUGCUUUUAAGUUUAUACUUUCGAAAUGUACCUCUUUGAAAUGUUUGUUUUUACUGAUACAAAUGUAAUGUUUUGUCCAUAAGAAAUCGACAAUUAAACAACCUAAGGUAACUAACAUAUAAACCGAACAUGUUCAAAAUCUAAAACCUAAAUCAAUGUAACAAUUACAUGAAAAAUCUCAAUAUUGCAUAAAAUCGGGUUCGGCGAUUCUAACCCAUUUAUAUGUGAUUCAUAGUUGACAAACAAAAAAUAUCUUAUGAAUAAUUGGUAAUAAGUACGUAGUUUUAAAAACAUGAAUAUGGUCGUUGAGAUAUGAUAUAGAAUGAACAAUUCAGUUUAACAAAUACAUGCUAUCGCAAAAGCUGCAACGCAA